AUGUCCGACAUUCAAUCUCCUGAGAGGACAGAGGCCUGUAUCUUGGAGAAGCAACAUCGCCUUCAAGCGGAGGUGAAAAAUUAUCGUCACCUCAGGAGCUUGCAAGGACAUCAGAUCCGCGUCUGUUUUGGAGUCUUUCAGCCACGCGUCGCGUAUUGGUACCAUGGUGAAUUAAUGGCCCAGAUGAUGAUCCUGAGCUGGUCUGGAACUCGGCUUCAGUAUGUCAACGAUGAGAAUUCUAGCUUUUUUCACCAAGAACGCGACAAAGCUCUGGCCGUACUCCGAUCGCACGGAGUUGUCCACAGCGACGGCGAGUGGCGCAAUAUGCUGUGGGAUGGCCUGGGUGGCCGUUUGGUUGUCAUUGACUUGGAGGACGCAAAGCCUUCUGUCCAGACCGACUGCUGUGUGCACAUUGACUUCGUCAAGGUGUUCGAUAUAAUUGGUCGUCAUGAUGAGCACCUGACCUUCUUGGGCCGGCAUCAACGCUAUGUCAGCGUCUGGCAAUAUCGAGCUAAUUCGGGCUGCAGACUGGAGGCAUCCUAG